AUGGUCGAAUCCUCCUCUUCCUUUAUGCACGGGCAGACGCCCGGAGGUCUGACAGAAGCACUGAAUAAAUUCUACGACUUCGAGUAUCUCGCCGAAGGGAGGGCCAACACGGUCUUUGUCAUCCGAGAGAAGCCUGAGCGCGACUCCAGCUGGCCUUUGCCUGAGGGGACGUUUGCGGAGACGUUGCUGCGUGUGCCCAAAGUCACGGACGGCAUCGUACCAUGCGACUACGACACACUGCAGCAGUUCCAUGAUGGUGUUGUAGUCCCCCAAGUGGGCGAGGAGCACGUGGUACCGCAGGUCCUUGUUAAGAUCACGGAAGAGACUGCAGACAAGCUCGACAAACUUCGGAAACGGGACAGCAAGAAAGCACGAGCUGCAGAAGACACCCACAUCGGUGUCGGCUCCGCCAUGCUCAUCCAGGACAUGAGCGAAUCGCCAGAGUACCUCUCCCUUGAGUUCAAGCCGAAGUGGCUCGCGCAAUCACCCCUGGCGCCAAAGACUUCGAUCCGGUGCCGAACAUGCGCCCGUGAGGCUUACCGAAUCGCACAAAAGGUGGCCGAGGGCAAGUCGGCGGCGAAACUAGGUCCUCCUGUUUGCCCGCUGGGGCUUCUUCACUCAGAGCGGUGGAUUCGAAUGGCUACCAUUGACCGCCUGGCUCCUUCGUGGUCUGAACAUGACCGUGAGCGGCUUGCCGAGGCCCUCCAGCAAUCUGGCCUGCUCGAGCGCCUACGACAGCUUCAAGUGCGCGGUGAUCCAGAUCGCGCCCUGUUCGACAACCCGUCCGAUGCACAGUUCGGCUUGACUAUGACGUUGCGGGAUUGUUCUUGCUUUGUGCGCAUGCCCAAGGACAAAAACGCCCCGGUUCUGAUCAAACUGGCCGAUGUCGACAAGAAAAACUGGGAAGCCAAGCAGACAUAUUGGCAGGACUCGCACAACAACCUCGUUGACAACGGGUGGUAUACUGGCGAGGAGCAGCCGCGACUAGAGACAAACUGCAUCUUUGAGCUGGAUCGCCUACGCGCUCAUCACGAUCAUUCACGUGACAAGCUUUUCGCCGCAUUCCUCGCUCGUGCUCCGAAGGACGAGUAG